GGGAAAACUUUACGUUAUGGCGGGAAAACAAUUAUGCGAAUUUCGAUAGCGCUCUCUCUUUUUAUUGAAAAUAUUAUGAUAACAACUUAAUUGUGUAAAGUUUGAUCGAUUGGACACCAUGAAACCAAGAAAUAUAAAAACGUGGCGUUGGUGUUUAUGUUUGUUCCUACUAGCACUCAAUACUUCACAAGGUGAAAAGUUUACAUUGGGAUAUCUCACUGGAUCACAACGGCGACCUGGUGACUACAGCUACUCAAGACCUGGAAGAGUUAUAUCUGGUGCUAUAUCAAUGGCAGUCGACGAGGUAAAUGAAAAUCUAUUGGGGCCAAUGGGACAUUCUCUAGACUUUGUCGUAGCAGAAACUUAUGGACAAGAAGAAGUUUCUAUCAAACAAGUAGCAGCUUUGUGGGCGGCUAAUGUGACCGCGUUUAUCGGACCGCAAGAGACCUGCGUGCACGAGGGCCGCAUGGCAGCAGCCUUCAACCUGCCCAUGGUCAGCUAUUACUGCCGCGACGUGGCGAGCUCCAACAAGCGCGUGUACGCAACAUUCGCGCGCACUCGUCCUUCCGACAUCGACAUCUCUAGAUCAGUCGUCGCCGUCCUCACUCACUUCAAUUUCAUGCAUAUAGCCGUAGUCUACCUCAAAGCGCCAAAUCAUGAUUACUCUCGCCUGGCCCUUGCCAUCAUCGCAGCGGCGACUGAAAAACAAAUUUCGGUGCGAAAAGUGCAAGUGUACAGGCAACCUUACUACUAUGAAAAUACAAGGGAAAAUUUCACCCGCAAUCCCUUUAUCGACAUCGUUAGAGAGACGUACAAAGACACAAGAAUUUACGUGUCUGUUGGUUAUUAUCACGACCACAUUGGACUCAUGCUUGCUUUGGAUUCUAUGCAGCUCUUGGAUUCUGGUGAAUAUAUGGCUAUUGGUGUAGACGUGGAGCAAUACGACUCUGAGGAGGCUGUGCGGUAUUUAGCUGGUCCUCUCCGGAAAGAACCCAUCUCGAGGACUCUGAGGGCCUUUCGCUCGUACUUAGCCGUGGCUCCGUCGCCUUCGCCAUCAUACCCGGCCUUCGCAAAAGAAGUGAACCGAAGACUGGAAAUGCCACCGUUCAACUUCUCGAAUCCAUUGCACGCUUUCGGAGGUGGGAAAGUGAUACCGGUGGAGGCCGCGUGGCUGCACGACGCCGUGUGGGUAUACGCGCGGGCGCUGGCAACAGUGCUGCGGAGGGGCGAAGGCCCACGCGACGGCCGCGCUGUCGCCGCUUAUAUGAGGAACAACACCUACCGCAGUGUUAUGGGGUACUGGGUGCAUAUGGAUGAGAACGGCGACGCGGAAGGUAACUACACGCUGCUGUCAAUCGACCCUACACAGCCACCCGGCCUCUACCCGCUAGCAGUCUUACACAAAUCUGCGCCGGAGGUGCGAUUCCUGCGAGAGUUGAAAUGGCCCGGCGGAAGGAUCCCCGCAUCGGAGCCUCCGUGUGGGUUCCGCGGGGAGAAGUGUGUCAGUCACGUAGGGGCGUGGGCUUUGGGUGCUGCUGGCGGUACCCUGGUCCUGCUGGCGUUGGCUGCGCUGGCGCUGUACCGCGGCUGGCGCUACGAGCAGGAGCUGGACUCGCUGCUGUGGAAGAUAGACUUCAGGGACCUCCAGCUGCCCGAGGAGGAACAGCGCGCCAACAAACUGAAUAGCGGUGCGGGGGUCAACGUCAACUCCUCGUCAAACGCCAUCGGAGCCUCCGAGAAGAGUGGAGGGGGCAGCACAGGCGGUGUGCGCUCUAGCCAAGUUUCCCUGAGUUCAAACCCCGAUCUGGACUUCCGAUACUCGGCGAUAUUCACUGAGGUCGCUUUCUACCGAGGCAGACUCCUUGCAGUCAAACGUGUUAGAAGACUCCACAUCGAUAUUACCAGGGAAAUUAAAAAAGAGCUCAAAAUCAUGAGGGACCUACAACACGACAACGUGAAUGGGUUCGUGGGCGCUUGCAUCGAGCCCCCGAAUGUUUGCGCGCUCUCCGAGUACUGCACUAGAGGCAGCCUCAAGGAUAUUUUAGAAAAUGAAGACAUCAAACUCGACAACAUGUUUCUCGCAUCUCUAGUCGGUGACAUAAUUCGUGGCAUGAUUUUCAUUCACGAGUCACCACUGCAGUACCACGGCGCCCUGCGGCCGUCAAACUGCCUCGUGGACGCCCGCUGGGUGGUCAAACUAGCGGACUUCGGUCUCCGAGAGUUCCGCCGCGGAGAACUGCCCCCAUCAGAGCCCAACGCUCUGCGAUCUCAUAUUGAAAGUUUAGUAUACUUAUCACCUGAGCUUCUCCGGUCAGUGGGUUGGGGCAAGGACGCUUUCCCCGACCCGAAGGAGCACUUGGACGGCUCCCCUGCAGCGGACGUGUAUGCCUUCGCCUUAGUCUUGUAUGAGCUACAUACACGCAAAGGUCCGUUUGGACUCGAUACACCACCCACCCCGACCCUUCUCCGCCGGCUGGCGACGCCUGAACCAGCUCCUUAUAGGCCCCCAUUAGAGCCAUUGUCGGGACGUUUCGACUGCGUGCGCGACUGCUGCAAUGAAUGUUGGGCAGAGGACUCCACCAUUAGACCAGACUUUAAAUCUAUUCGCACGAGGUUGAGACCCCUGCGUAAGGGAAUGAAACCAAAUAUAUUUGACAACAUGAUAGCUAUGCUAGAAAAAUACGCCAAUAACUUGGAAGUACUUGUCGACGAAAGGACAGACCAGUUACAGGAGGAGAAAAAGAAGACUGAGGCUUUACUAGAAGAAAUGCUGCCAGCGCCAGUGGCCGAGCAGCUGAAGCGCGGGCGCCGCGUCAUGCCGGAGAGCUACGACUCCGUCACCAUCUACUUCAGCGACAUUGUGGGCUUCACGGCAAUGUCUGCUGAAAGCACUCCUUUGCAGGUUGUAGAUUUCUUAAAUGACUUGUACACGUGUUUUGACUCGAUUUUGGAGAAUUUCGACGUAUACAAAGUCGAAACUAUUGGCGACGCCUACAUGGUGGUGUCGGGACUGCCGCUCCGCAACGGCAUCGUGCACGCGGGCGAGGUGGCGUCCAUGGCGCUGGCGCUGAUCGCCGCCACGCGCGCCUUCCGCGUGCGGCACCGCCCCGAGCACAGGCUGCUGCUGCGGGUCGGCUUGCACUCAGGUCCAGUAUGUGCAGGAGUCGUCGGAUUGAAAAUGCCAAGAUAUUGCCUCUUCGGAGACACCGUGAACACUGCAAGCAGAUUCGAGUCUACCGGAGCGCCACUCAAGAUCCACUGCAGCGCGGCCUGCAAAGCUUUGCUAGACCAAUUAGGGGGGUAUAUUCUCGAAGAGCGUGGAAUCGUCUCGAUGAAAGGCAAACGCGAUCAAAUAACGUACUGGCUGAAGGGCGAGGAGCCCAGCGCGGCGGCGGCGCGGGCGGCGCGACGGGAAACCAGGGAUGAACCCGCUCCUCUGCCCACGGACAGAAGAGGGCAAAGGAGUUCUUUGAAGAGCAGGAAUUGGAAGAACCAAGUCGGCGGUUUGCACAGAUGCUGUAGUUUAGAAUCUCCUAAAAGAUUAAGAUUCGCGUCCGGCAAUCAUUUGGAAUCUCAUACUGAUAAUGUUUUACAUCAUCGGAGUGACGAGUAUUUAAUGGAGGUGGUGGGAGAAGGGCGGCUCAUGCCCACGCCUCGUGGCGACCUGCUAGAAGCGCCUCAACUUCGCCACGAGUACACCAGCGUCUCCUGCCCCAUCAUAGAGACGUCAGAAUGUUCCGCGCCCACCACCCUCACUUCCAGUGCGUCACCACUCCCGCAAGCCAAUGAGGACUGCGCGCCAAGCGAAAGCUGCGACAUCAAACUUGUCAUCAACGGGUACGACGACGGCGCCGGCAUACCGUUACUCGCCGACGCGUAAAAUACCUACUUACUAUCCUUGUACACAAACGUUCGCAGUUGCAGUGGUACAUCCAAUAUUGAAUAGGGGUAUAUUCCAGAGUGUCCUAAUAUAGAUAAUAUAUAACCCCGCUCAAGUUAGGUUCUGCAGAUUGGCGAUAAAAAUAUCGACAAAUUUCAGAGUAUCACAUGCUUUAGCAAUAGUGAUAUUUUAGUUUUUAAGUCUUAAUUGUAAAACUUAUUGUUAUCAAUGUAUUGUUAAACGUUUGUGAAUAAGGCAGCAUAACUAGUCAAAGAUUUGUAAUGCGAGCGAGAACUUGCGCCCGCCAUGACAUUUAUCUCAAAUAUGAGAACGUCGAC